AUGCUGGGCAUGGAGAUGCACCUCGUCCACCAGCCGCAGCCGCAGAUCCACGCGGCCUCCUCGUUCCAGCAGCCGCCGGAGCACCUCCACCACGCCAACGGCGGCUUCCAGGUCCAGCACCACCAGGCCAUGCCGAUGGGGCAGCAGCACCCGCCACCGUCGUACGGGGCUUACGUGGCGCCGCCAUCGAGGGCGGUCAACGCGCAUGAAGAGGAGGAGAUGGGCAACGGCAUUGGCGCCGUGCAGCAGCCGGGGGCGGGGGCGGCGGGGUGCUCGUGGUCCCGGAUGAAGUGGACGGAUGCGAUGGUGCGCCUGCUCAUCGCGGUGGUGUACAACGCCGGGGAAGACGGGGAGGGCGUGUCUGCAGGAGGCAAGGCCGCGGCGUCGCACUCGCACGGGAAGGCGGUGGCGUCUGCGGCGGCGCAGGGCGGGCACGGGCCGCAGGCUGCGGCGCAGCAGAGGAAGGGUAAGUGGAGGUCCGUGUCCCGGGCGAUGGUGGAGAAAGGCUUCAAGGUGUCGCCGCAGCAAUGCGAGGACAAGUUCAACGACCUCAACAAGCGCUACAAGGGAGUCGUCGACCUGCUCGGCCGCGGCACGGCGUGCGACGUGGUCGCGAACCCCGCUCUGCUCGACACCAUGGGCGAGCUCACAGCCAAGUCCAAGGAGGAGGCGCGCAAGAUGCUCCGCUCCAAGCGCCUCUUCUUCCGCGAGAUGUGCAACUACCACAACCCCGGCGGCACCGCAACAGCCUCGCACGGCAUCGAAGGCGGCGCCGCUGCUAACUCGUCUGCCGGCCGCCAGGUGGUGGCGAUGGUGAAUUCCUCCACGCGCUCGGAGGACGACAGCGAGGACGACGUCCUCAGUAGCAAAGAGGCUGAAGAGGAGGAGGACGACUACGACCUGGACGACGUGGAGGAGAAGGCGCCAGGCGGGCACAAGAACAAGCGCCGUCUUGGCGAGAGCAGCGCGGCUGCGGCCGGGGAAGACGGGGAAGAGAACGGGAACAACAAGCCCGCCCGCGGGAGGCCGUGCACCAGCAUGCAGCAGCUGAAGCGCGAGCUGGCCGCGGCGGAGGCCGGCGGCGACCAGCAGCAGCUGCGGCAGUUGGUGCAGCGGCGCGCGCUGGAGCUGGAGAAGCAAGAGCUGGCGUACGAGGUCCAGGAGUUAGCGCUGGAGAAGCACCGCCGCAGGUGGGAGCAGUUCAAGGCCAAGAAGGAGUGGAACAUAGAGCAGGAGCGGCAGCGGAUCGAGGGCCUGCGCGUCGACGGCAAGCGCAUGCUGCUCAUGCUCAAGCAGAAGGAGUUCGACCUGGACCACCUCCCGGGCGCCCAGACCCCGCCGCCCGGCGCUGCCUUCCAGCAGCAGCCCGGCUCCAGCCCCUCCACCACAGGGCAGCCCAACUAG